AUGCUAGUAGCUUCCGAUUUCUUAGACUAUAGAGAUGAUUGGCACCAUUCCGGUCUCCAAUCAGCUCUAUGGUCAGCUGGCAGAAACACUGGCUGCAUUCUCAGGUUCCCCCGAUGGCACGGGACUGCCCGAGAAGAAUGUGGAAGGCAGCGGGGGAGGGUGGCACUGUCUCCCACUGCUUGGAAAAGCAAUCCUGCAGGCAUCAUCCUGGUAUAACCAUUCAAAGCCCAGUGAUGUACCAGUACGUCGCUGAUCCUUGUUGAGUAUAUAUGCUAUGUUCCCUUUUUUUGUUUUUUUUGUAUGCAGCCUGUGGGUGAAUGA